GUGACACUUCGUUCUUGCUACAAUACCACUUCUUUUUUCCGCUCUUGAGAAUUAGGUUUGAUACGGUAUUUCCUAGGCAGGUCGUCAUGAAUAAAUUGCUACAACGUUUGGAGAACGCGCACUACUCAUGAGUCCCAUUAACUCAACCAGUUUUUUCUCAGUUGUUCAGCUACGCGUAGUGGCCAUGUGUUGUCACGGGAUACACAACCAAACUUUUAUAGAAAAAAGGAUACAAGCAGUUGCCUUCAUUACUGGCUAUACCACAGUGUGUUAUCGUGAGAAUGCUGAGGAAGCACUCGGUAUUCAAAAAGUUACUAGCAGCCAACUAGGUAAAAACCAUCAUUUGGUCGAUGGUAAAAUUACUUGUGUUUGCUCUAGUCAUAAAAUUAGUAUAUGCGCUUGAUCGUCUUGCUUAACGAAGCUUCCAUAAUAACAGAUUCCCCAAUUUUAAAUAUGCAAAAAUUGCAAAAGUUAUUUAGUAACUCUUUUCGAUUUGUCGCUGACAGUCAAAUGAAAGAAAAACUCACCAUGGCAUUUAAAUAAGUAGUGUAAGGUUUACAUAGCAGUUAUUUUCAAAACCAUUACCUAACUGAUACUAUCUUUUGCGUUUAUUAGGACAGUGCCAGAAAUCAUAAACACGACAUUUUUCCUAAAUUUGUAAAUUUAUUCUCAUUAGGUGAGGUAUGGCUCAAUGAAGGUAAUCAGUGUGGAUGUCAUCAGUAAUAUGUUGGAAGAUUCUGGCGCUAAUUGCAUCAUGUUUAUACCCCGGAGAAGUUGUCCAAAUGUGAGGCAGUUCAUAGACUCAAAUAUAUGUGUAACCUCUCACAAUACAGACGCAUAAUCAUAGCAGCAUUGAAACGCAUGAUUCUUGACGCGUGUUAUAUAGCAGCAAAAAUCUUAUUGAGUUCAUCAUCAGCCUUGUUAGGAAACGAACUGAGCGAGUUAUUUUAAUUGGUUCCUCAUGAUAGUGGCAAAAUACUUAGAACACUGCGUAGAAAAAAUAGCUAACCUGGAGAAUUGAACUAUAAGGGAGUCCCAAACUUCUGUUGAUUACGCUAAGCAGUGGACAUGUUGAACAGGUUGGGCAGCGCAUGAGCUAAUAGUCCCUAGCAAUGAUACGUAAGACUCGUGCAAAUACGGAACAUUAGAGAAGUUGGAUGCAACUGGACCCAACACGUGGUUGGCGGUAUCUGGUUUCGGAUUUGCGUGUCACUGAGGCCUCCAUGGGGACAGCCGCAGGAAGCCUGCGCCUACAAAGAGACCAAGACUGGCUUUCGCUGCACCACCCACAGCUCCAACCACGCAACCCAUAUCCAGUUAAACCUGAAGGAAUAAGACCGGGAGGCGUGUGAAUGGGAGCCAAUUUUCAUCAAUGGGACGGCACAAACUCCUUCACAAGCAAACACAAGCACGCUGUAUUUGGGAAUCAAGCACACCCAAGGCGGUGACUGGACCUUAGUAUGCUCCACACUAAUGCAUGGAACCACGCUUUGAACCUAGCACGGCCACAAGGACCGUGCAACCCGUCCCAUCCAGCAACGAGCAACUGUCUCCUGGAGCCAGUAUGGAAGAGGUGUUGAGUAGUAGACAAGCAGGCACCUUGUCAACAUGCACAACACCUAUUGUACAGGCUAAAGGAAUAGUAAUCAAAUCAGCAAGUGCUUGCUACCUUGAAGCAGGAGACACAUCAGAGGUUUGUGGAAAUAGCAAAACAGCCAGUAAAACAAAUGGACGUUGAGGAGGUACAAACAAAAGCAAAAUCAAAGGUUAUAAAAUAUUAAUGGUAUGUUUCCAGAUGAAUUAGAAACAUUAAGGAUUGCGAUCCUGUUUGAGUAAGUUAUCUGUUAAUGUUUCAUACAUUAGCGAGUAAAUAAACUACUAAAUCAUGAUACAAGUUAUGUUUACUUCAAACAAGCAGAGAGCCUUUGGAAUGGUGGCUGUAAGCGACUAGAUGAUAUUGGCAUCUGCUAGUAAUUGGCACCUCUUUUAAUCUAUAGGAUGAAAACCUUACUUGUUAGUACAUAUAUGAGUGCCGUCAUGACAUAAGAACCCAAUCAUGCAAACGUUCAUGCAAACCGUGGUAGUAUUUGAAUGCUUCUCUUAACUUUUUAUAUGUAUAGAUCUUGUGCUUAAUCCAUUGGUAGUAAAACAUGGGUGUAGGACAGAUGAGGGUCAAAGGAUUUUCCUAGGUACACUUGUGCUUAUACUUGUCCUAGUUACACUUGAGUCCUAACACACAAAUGCUUCCUUCAGUAGUGGUACCUUGCCUAUCGUUCUACCCUAUUUGCUGAAUAAGUAAUUCUGCGAUAUGAACUGUGCGUACUGCAUGUAUGUCCGUCAGUUUAAAAUUGUUUACUAGAUAGUCGAUUUUUCCAGUGUUCUGUAAAGCCGGUUAUUUCCUCUCACUGAGUAGUAUGACUGUGGGUGUGGUAGACUAUGCUGAAUUUGCUUAUCUCCUUGCGGCGUGUGGGCGUUACCACGCAAUGCGGAGGUUUUGUUUUGUAAUCAGAUAACGUGGUUCCUACAUAAAAUGUAAGAUGACCAUUUUGUAUGUGGAAGAAGCUAUGAAGAAUCAGAUGUGUGACUUCUUCAAGCAGCGAGCUGAUCCAACUUCAUUGCGGCCGCAUUGAUUCUCUUAUUGAUAAUGGUUGUUUCCAGGCCUGAGAAAAUUUGCAUCGGAUACAUAAUUGAGCGCCCAAACAAAAUGAUUUAUAUCUAGCGCAUAACAAUAAAACUUCCAGGCGGCUGAUCUCUCCCAAGGGACCUACCGCCUGAUAAUGAGCUCAGGGGCUAAACUCCUCGCUCUUUGUCUCUACAGACAUUAAAUUUAUGUUCUCUGGUAUGCGACUGAAUGGAUACAUUGGAAGAAAAAGAAACUAUGAAGCGUGCGAUAAUUGGGUGGUAUGUGUUUAGAGGUCAGCGAACACCUGAAUAUCUGUCCGGCGGUCACCAGCUAGUUCUGGCAACUUGCUGUUUCUGGGGUCCCGUGAGAUAGACAACUACGAUUUAGUGUCAAAAAUGAAGGCUUGAGUGAUUAUUUCUUUUUUAGUAAUGGUGUAUCAUGAAGUGAAGACUAAGGUAUGGUACUGUGUUGUAGCCUUUCGCUUGACUGUUGCUCCAGGAUCAUGUAAUUAAAAUUGUGCUUUAAGGAUUAAUCUGAAUGGGCUUAGAAACUUCCAGUUUACUAGGGCAUGAUGAUAUUUGAAAGGUAUCAAUACUUGCAACUUUCCAGUGAAAUCUGCCAUUCUGAGAAGCUUGUCGUGUGCACCUGUGGUAGCAGCUAGCUUCUAUCCACGAGUUCCAAUUCCAGCUUAGACUAGCACUAAACGAUGAGUCCACACAAGUAUGAAACGCGUGGAAGAGUGCAAGGAUAGGAAAGAGCAAAACUGAGAUCUCUGUUUUUACUUGCAACAAAUAACGUAAAAAGGAGCGGCUAUGAUUGUUUGAAAGUAGGCAGAAAACUUUAACAUGCUAGCCACGGGAAUCAGUCACGGCCUGCAGGUUACCUGAAAAGGCAUAGCUAGGUUUGGUACGAUGUGUCUAAUGUGCUAUAUAACUCCAGCGUGGCUUCCUAGAACUUCACGGGAGUUUGGAUAGACCAAGUUACUGGACGGUGAAUUUCUUCGAGAUAUUAACACAAGUUGCAUGAAUCUAUCUUUAAAGUUGAUUAGAUCGAGUCUGCUUGAUUUGGUGCGUCCCGUAGGACAGUCAUCAGACCAUGCUCAUCAUCAAUUAUGCACGUUAGCUUCAGGUGAAGAACACCUCAGCUAUUGUGCCGCAACAUAUUAG